GUAGAUGUCAAAGUAAAGACGCGAAUUUUACAAAAAUAUAAAAUCUAAAAACAUCUGCUCCGAAUAACAUUUAUGUAAAAAUUUUGUAAACAAGUUGGAGAAAUGACAGAAGUUCCACAAACUAAACGAUAUCGUCGCGAGGAAAAUGAAAACAAUUCAGAUAAUGACGAAGACGAUGCAUAUGUACCUUAUGUUCCUGUUAAAGAGCGUAAAAAACAGCAGUUAAUGAAACUUGGUAGAAUUGUACAACUCGCCUCAGAAGCAUCAACACAACCGAAAUCCUCCAGUGAAAAUGAAGGUGACGAAGAGUCCCAAGGUGCUAAUGAAGCCGAGUUAUGGGGGCGUAAGUAUAAUAUCAGUUUACUGGAUCAACAUACGGAAUUAAAAAAGAUCGCUGAGGCAAAGAAGAUAAGCGCUGUGGAAAAACAGCUUAAGGAAGAGGAGAAGAUUUUGGAAAGUGUGACACAACAAAAAGCUUUAAUGGGUGUUGCUGAAUUGGCCAAAGGUAUUCAGUAUGAAGACCCUAUCAAAACUAGUUGGCGUCCACCACGUUAUCUGGUGGUUAUGACAGAAGAGCGUCGCAAUGCAAUACGAAAACGUUUAAGAAUACUUGUUGAAGGCGAUGAUGUAGCACCACCCAUACGCAGCUUUCGUGAAAUGAAAUUUCCUAAAGGCAUACUAAACGGGUUGUCCGCAAAGGGCAUUAAAAAGCCGACGCCAAUUCAAGUUCAAGGUAUACCGGCAGUACUCUCUGGUCGCGAUUUAAUUGGUAUCGCUUUUACUGGCUCGGGAAAGACACUAGUUUUUGUGUUACCUAUUAUAAUGUUUGCAUUAGAGCAAGAAUAUCGACUACCUUUCGAAAGAAAUGAGGGUCCUUAUGGGCUUAUAAUUUGUCCUUCUCGCGAAUUGGCGAAACAAACGUACGAUAUUAUUAUGCACUACAGUAAACACUUACAACAAUGUGGUAUGCCUGAAAUACGUGCUUGUUUGGCGAUUGGCGGGUUACCAGUUUCAAGCGCAAUGGAAGUUAUACAAAGAGGAGUGCACAUCAUGGUUGCUACACCAGGUCGUCUAAUGGACAUGCUGGAAAAGAAAAUGGCCACUUUAGAUAUAUGCCGUUAUUUAUGUAUGGAUGAAGCUGAUCGUAUGAUAGACAUGGGUUUCGAAGAAGACGUACGUACUAUAUUUUCUUUCUUCCGUGGACAACGUCAAACACUACUCUUCUCCGCUACUAUGCCGAAGAAAAUACAAAACUUCGCCCGCUCAGCUUUAGUAAAACCGGUAACUAUUAAUGUGGGACGUGCCGGUGCGGCAUCGAUGAAUGUUACACAGGAAGUGGAAUAUGUUAAGCAAGAGGCGAAAGUGGUACACCUUCUAGAUUGUCUGCAGAAAACUGCACCCCCAGUACUUAUAUUCGCUGAGAAGAAACAGGAUGUCGAUUGCAUACAUGAAUAUCUGCUACUCAAAGGCGUUGAAGCUGUAGCAAUUCAUGGUGGUAAGGAUCAAGAAGAACGUUCACGUGCAGUCGAAGCUUACCGUGAGGGUAAAAAGGACGUGCUGGUUGCUACCGAUGUUGCCUCAAAAGGUUUGGAUUUCCCGAAUGUGCAACAUGUCAUCAACUAUGAUAUGCCUGACGAUGUAGAAAACUAUGUGCAUCGCAUUGGUCGUACAGGACGUUCGAAUACGAAAGGACUUGCCACCACAUUCAUCAAUAAAACUGCCGAACAAUCUGUGUUGUUGGAUUUGAAACAUCUAUUAAUCGAAGCUAAGCAAAAAGUACCCGAAUUUCUCAAUGAGCUGUGCCCAGAGGCAGAAAACUACUUGGAUCUCGGCGAUUCACAUGGCUGCAGCUAUUGUGGUGGCUUGGGUCAUCGUAUCACUGAAUGUCCAAAGCUAGAAGCUGUGCAAAGCAAACAAGCUUCAAAUAUUGGACGCAGGGAUUAUUUAUCAAAUACUGCUGCGGAUUAUUAAGUUCACACAGUGGCUCGGUUUGGAACUGAUGAUUUCAUAAAUGUUAACUUUUAUAUACAAUUUUGACUAUUAAAUUUAUUAUAUAAAUAUAGUGUAUGUAAGU